UGUUUUAACCGACCGCUAGACUGCGCUGUCCAAUAUGCCUCAGAUUUCGGAGCCGGGUGUGUUGUUUCCUCCAGCGGGAUAAACCUGCCCUAUCCCUCCCUCUCUGUCCUCAGCAUCCCCUUUCUGCACUGAGGAGGAAGGAGAAAAAGAAAAGAGAGAGAUAAAGACACGAAUUUAGGAUUAUGAACCGUCCUUUCACCGACCUCUGUCACCGUAACGGUAUCCCUCGUCCUCCUUGCUCCCGAAACACAGCGGAAUGAGAAGCUGCAACCAUGAUGGAAGGACUGAAGAAGCGUACCCGAAAGGCCUUCGGGUUACGCAAGAAAGAGAAGGACACUGACUCCACGGGCUCACCAGACAAAGACAAAUCAAAAAAGGCCAAUGGAGCUCCAAAUGGUUUCUAUGGAGAGAUAGACUGGGAUCGAUAUAAUUCCCCUGAUGUGGAUGAUGAGGGAUACAGCAUUAGGCCUGGAGAGCAAGGGGGGAUGACCCCCAGAACAAAAACUUUCUACUCAUCCAGCGAAUCGGAGGGUGAGGAUGAGCAUGGGAAGAAGUUUAAGAUUAAGAUCAAACCCUUAGCGCCGGACAAUGGUACCGUGCCCACCAUGGAUGAACUGAAAGCCUCUGUGGGCACCUUGGCCAUCUCCCCUUCCCCACUGAGGAGAAGUCCGAGGCGCAGUCCAUGUCAGCUGAAACGAAACACAUCAAGUGAGGACAUUGCCAGGCCUAGACGUUCCACUCCGACACCCACUCCAACCCCAGGGCCUGGUCCAGACACACCCAGCAAGAGGUUAUCAGACAAUGCUUCAGCUUUCUUUGGCCCUCCGUUUGAGACAAACUUCGAAGCACAGAAUUCAGAAGUCUUCAUAGUGGAGCCGGAGCUAUGGUGUCAGUCAACUCCACAGGCCACCUCCCCUUUGAACAGACCUUUCCCCACAGGAGCUCCACCUCCUCUUCCUCCAAAGAACAUUCCUGCCACUCCAUCAGCCUUCAGCUCCAGCUCUCUAGAAUCUUCUGGUUACUACAGUGUUGUUCCCAGCGUGAGAGGAGAGGGAUCAUCUUCUGCAUAUCGGGAUGUCCUGUUAUCCGACACCACAGGAGGGCCAGCCAUGCCUGACCUGGACAAUGUCUUCGGCCCUGCUGAAACCCCCAAAUCUGGAACGGAGAUGGUGCAGUCCAGCUGGGUCAGCUUCAGCGACGGAUCCCCUUCCAGGCCUCCGCCCCCUGAUGAACCUGCGCCUUCUCCACCUCUCUCAUCUUCCCCUGCGGACUCUCCCUCCACAUCACCCCUCAAUCUGCCUCCUCCAGACUCGCCCCCUCCCCCACUGCACCCAAUCCCACCCCCAGACUCUCCUCCGCCUCCACCCCCCUCCACUUCUCCGCCUCCAGACUCCCCCCUGGCACCACCCCCUGACGAGCCAGCCCCACCUCUGCCUUCCACCUUCCAGCUUCUAGAGCCUAGCAUCUCCCCCAGCACCCCUCUCACUCCAGCUAGCCCCGGCCUGCCUCCGCUACCUGCUGAACGAUCUGUAUACGGGCCUGUCCCGCCCCUACGAGAUGAAGCCAGGAGGACCCCAGACUCUGCAGGGCUCAGAGAGGAGCUCCUCGCUUACUCUGGUUCACCCAAAGAUCUUGGCCCUGGAGGCCUGCGAGGCACUCCACCCCCACUGCCCCCUCCCACAUACAGGAGCGUGGUGGCUUCUCCAGGACCUGGCAGUGGGCCUUCCUCGCCUGCACGUCCUGGCACGCCUCUCUCAGCGGGUAGUCCUAUACCACCACUUCCACCCCGACCGUCCUCACGACCUAAACUUCCACCUGGCAAACCAAAUGUUGGAGAACUGGCUCGGCCCUUCAGUCCCCCGAUUCACUCAUGGAGUCCUCCUCCUUUCGCUCCUCUGGCAAGAGCAGAGAGCACCUCCUCCAUCUCCUCUGUGACCUCCCUCAGUGCCGCCUCCACACCCACACUGGGCCGAGAGCUCAACCUGUCUGUCUCAGCUUGUUCCCGAGGGCCGAGUCCACUCACCAUGGGCCCACAGGACACGCUGCCCGUUGCAGCUGCCUUUACGGAGACCAUUAGCGCCUACUUCAAAGGAGCUGACCCCAGCAAGUGUGUGGUGAAGAUAACUGGAGAAAUGGUGCUGUCCUUCCCAGCAGGCAUAACGAGACACUUCUCCAAUCACCCCACUCCACCUGUCCUGACCUUUACCAUCAGCCGCUAUAGCCGGCUGGAGCAGGUCCUCCCCAACCCUCAGCUCCUCUGCUGUGACACCAUGCCAACUGUCUCCGACUGUAAGGAGUUUUGGGUGAAUAUGCCCAACCUGAUGACUCAUCUGAAGAAAGUGGCUGACCAGCGACCCCAAGCCACAUACUACAAUGUGGACAUGCUGAAAUAUCAGGUGUCGACGCAGGGCAUCCAAUCCACUCCACUGAACCUAGCAGUGAGCUGGCGUGGAGACACUAACAGUACAGACCUCAGGAUAGACUACAAAUACAACACAGAGGCCAUACCCAGCCCCAUGCCCCUCACCAACAUCCACUUCAUGGUGCCCGUGGAUGGUGGCGUGACGAAAGUGCAGGCCAUGCUGCCACCAGCCACUUGGAACCCGGAAACACAGAAGAUACUGUGGAAGAUAUCAGAACUCUCACAGAAAUCAGAAAAUGGAGGAGUGGGGGCGCUGCUGGGCCGUUUUCAGCUCUCAGAAGGCCCCAGUAAGCCGUCUCAGCUUGCUGUGCAGUUCACCAGUGAGGGCAGCACUCUCUCCGGCUGUGACUUUCAGCUAGUGGGAGCGGGCUAUAGACUCUCUCUGGUCAAGAAGAGGUUCUCUGCAGGUAAAUAUUUAGCAGACAACUGACACUGCUGUUUCAGUGACAGACAAAAUAAUGGCUUCUGGAAUGGAUUGAGGUGGAGGAGCGAGGACACUUUAAAUUUGCCACUGAAGAAACUUUUAAACCUGUUUUUAAUCCUUGAAGGACAAAAAAAAAUCCACGAUAGUUUCUUUUUCGGUGUAAGAUAUCAUCAGUGUGUUUGUGUGUAUGUGUGUAGUAGCAAAUAUUGUAUGUGUAUACAGUCAAUUUCAGGACAAAUGCAAUAUGCAAGAAGGCAGAGUUUCCUUUUUGAGUGGAAUGCACAUUGCCUCUGCCCCCAAAUCAAGCGUGUACAGACUGUGCACAGUCAGUGAUAUCCUAUACUGUUGAAACCAGGGUUUCCUUUAGCAGCAUAUUUUUUCUUGUUUUCUACAAAAAACAAUGCUCAUAAUAUAUGAUCUCUUUGAAAGGUGAUCCUGAGCUUGAAAUAAUUUCUGAUGGUGAGAAGAACGGUGGUAAUUAGGGGAGUAAUAUACGCAUAUGCACAUAUUUCCAGGUACAGUUUUCGAUUUUGAUUUUUGCUAUUUUUUAUAUUAAAGUCAAGAUUCUACAGAGCUGUAGUUCUAUACUACAUCGAUUGGUUUGGCUAAGACUGGUUUGGCCAGUCACUAACAAAAUAAGCCCCCAAAAUCACAACCCCUGCAAUUAUAAGCCAAUUCAGAAAAAAGCCCAGUAAUUUGAGUGUGGGAUGAUGUAUUACAUAAGCCCCGCCCACUUUAGACUGUUUCAGUCACCCAGAUGCCUAGUUUUGAUCAUUAUCAGUGGUUUCCACAAAAGAUGAUAAAUAAGAGACGUCUGGAAGAUACCAAGAGGCAUAUUUGCGAGACAGUUUUAAAUUUCUAAACACUGUUUCUGUUACUGUAUUGAAAUCUUUAUAUCGUUUGUGGUGAUGGAAUACCUGGUUACUUUGGGGAUAAUAUUCAUUUCCUGCAGACAGUAGUACACAAAGAUAUGGGUGCCUUAGCGCCAAGCACUUGGCGAUAUGGUGUUCAGCUGGAUUUGAGGGAACUCUCCAUUGAAAUACAGUGCAGUGCAAAUCUAAGAGACCACCCUCCAUUUAUUUAAUUUCUUGUCAAAACAGCCAUGAAGUAGACGU